AUGGAGAAGCAGGAACAAAAUAAAGAUGAAGUGACUAAAGAUGAAACACAAGAGGAUCUGGCACCCACAGUACAAGACACUAAUGAACCUGAAAAUAUACAGCAAGGGAAUGAAGCUAUUGCCAAUCCUGUUCAGGCUGAAAUGAUUCAAAAUGAUGAGGCUUCUACUGAUACAGCGGAUGCAACUGCUGCUAAUGCCGAUCUUGCUGCUACUGUUAACACUGAUAGUGCUGAUGAUGCUGCUGCUACUCCUGCAGCUACUGCUGAUUCCACUGACAGUGCCAUUUCUGAUGUUGCUGAGCUCGAGGACAAGGAAGUACAAGAACCAAAGUUUACAACAGAGGAAGCUGGGAGUGAGUCGGUAGAUGUAAGUGAGCAAGAUAAGUUAGAGAGUGAAGAGCAGCAAGCAAUCUUGCCAACCAGUGAGAUAUCUGAAGAAGAAGGACCUGAGCCCCAGCCAAAGAGUGAAGAGCCCCAGUCCACAGAAGAAAGCACUGGGAAGGAUUCAAAUGAUGGCCUUUUGGCAUUAGAAAUUGAUUCAUUGGACAAAAUACCUAACAACAAGGAUGAAGAAGGAGAAGAAGAAAGGGAGGAGACAGAGGAAGUAGUUGCCAUAAAUCAUGACGAGCUCUUGGAGCAGUAUAAUAUGUUAAUUGAAGAGAAGAAAAAAAUAACUAAUUUGAAUGUUAAAAUUCAAGAAAAGCUUGGAAAAUUUCUCAGCCGGACUGUGAGAAGAAAUGUUUAUGAGGAAAAGGAGAAAACUGUUGAACUGGAAGAGCAUUACCUCAAUCUCAUCAAUAAUAUGGAGAAUUUGAAAAACCAUCACACAAAAGACAACGAAAUUUACCAGCUGCAAAUUGAGGAUCUAAAGAACAUCCAUGAACUGAAAAACAGAUCCGUGGAAAGUAACUGGAAAGUUCUGCUAAAUCUGAAAAAGGAUAUCCUUAUAGAAGUCUUAAGCAGAAGGCAGGGCACUAAAGCUGCUACUAAAGUAGGAGAAAAGUUUCACACAGAUGAGCAGCAACGACAGCUUGAGCUAAUAAAAAUGAGGGUAAAAAACAUUGAGCUGAAACACCAAAUUAAAAAACUGGAGGUUGCCGUGAAAAUCAAGGAAAAGAUAGAGCAAGAUUUGCACCUAACAGACUUUGAGCUGCUGAAAAUUGACAGCCAGUCGUACAACGCAAGAAUAGAAGAGCGUGAGGCAGAGCUAAAGAGGUCACAGAAAAAAAUUGCAAACACAUUGCAAAUGAUAAAAAAUAUCAAGGAGAAACUAUAUGAUAUGCAGAUGGAAAGUAUUGAGAAAAAAUCCCAAGUAGUAGACAUGGAUGAACUUGUACACAAAAAGCAAGCCCUACUCAGGAAGAUAAAGAAAAGAAGGGAGUUCUUACGUCUCGAAAACAUUAAGCUGGAUCACAACCGUGAAUUGAUUGGAAAUGAAGUGCUUCUCAGAGACUUUGAAGACCAGUUUGAUGCCACUGAAUUACUCAGCAAGCAGUUGAAAAUGUUAAGGCGCAGUUAUAAUGAAUUUACUAGAUCGUGCAAAGCUAUCAGAGAAAAAAUAGACAAACCUCAGUUCUUUGACCAGCGCGUACAAUAA